UGCCGCGAUAUGACCAAGUCGCAGCGUAUGAAAAGUUUCUGCCUGCAGCUGCGUUUCAAGUCGACGCAGUUGUUCAUCGUGGCCGGAGCUGUGUUGUUGGCGCUGCUGGUGUCACUGCUGUGCAUUGGAUUUACCCUUCGCUUCGAGGUGGAGCACGCGGUGGCCAAUGUGGCCGACGUGGACUACUGGAAGGAUUGGGUGGCCAUCGAGCAGAAGCUCUGGUACGACAAGGGCAUCGAGGAGCUGAAGCGUGCCAUGCGCGUGCACUCGAAGCAGCGACAGCCCAGGCAGGUGCUGCUGCUGAUGGUUCAUGGCAUCGAUGCACCCGCUCUGGCUGCAGCUCGCUUCACUACCGCCGAUAUCAGCUCCCACGCCAACUACAUCUGGGAUCGGUUUCCGCACGCAGCCAGGUUGAAGAACAGCUGCAGCUACAGCUCGCCCUGUGAUGCGGCGGCUGCCUUUCGCGCACUCUGGUCGGGCGUGCCUCUGGCUGCUGUGCAGCGACUGCGGAGCAACUGCAGCAGCAGCAGCAACGAAUCGGAGUUGUUUAGCGUGCUACAGCAGGCGCAGCUCGCGGGUUUUCGUACGGGUUUUGUGACCAAUCAACGUUUGACAGGCGCCUUGGGCGCUGCGCUCUAUGCGCAGGUGACAUCCAGCAGCUGGGAGUGCGACGGCUUGAUGCCAGUGGGUGCCAUCGAGGCGGGCUGCCAGGAUGUGGCCCAACAGCUCAUCUCAAGCGCAACAGGGCAAUCUCUGAAUGUGCUGCUCGGCGGCGGACGACAGCUCUUCAAUGCCAAGGUGCCCAGCUUCGAGUGGGAUCCAGUGGAUGAGUCGCUGUGCCGCGCCAGAGCUGGACGCAAUCUCUUGCGCGACUGGCAAAAUCAGAAGCUGAAGCUCAAGCCCAGCAAGCGUUUCGAGCUGCUGCAGCAGGCCCAUGAGCUGAGCUCCAUCAAUGGCAGCAGCGUGGACUACCUGCUGGGCGUGCUGGCCAAUGGAGAUUUGAGUGGCAGCGCCCAGGCACCCACGCUGCAGCUGAUGCUGAAUAAAACGUUGCAGGUGCUGCAGCGACCAGGCGUUGGCCAUCUGCUGGUCGUGGAGCAUCAUGUCAAACAGCCCAUGUUGGCCAGUGAGCAGCUGCAGUUGCUCAAUGCAACACUCACGGACUUGUUGGGCCACAAGGAGCUGCUCACCUUGGUGCUGCUGACCAAUGGCAACUACCUCAGCGCCAGUCGAGAUGUGAGCGAGGAGACGCAGCUGGUGAGCACGCUGGACGAGCUCUUCCAGGAGCCAGAGUUGGAGCUGCAGCGCAGACUGCAGCAGAUGCCAUCGGAGAGUUUGCUCUUUGCACAGGGGCCCAAAUCGUUGCUCUUCUAUGGCGUGCACGACGAAACCUAUUUGGCCCAGGCAUUGUCCUAUGCUCUGGGCAUUGAUGUAUUUGGCAGGCAGCUUAUAGAAGAUAAGUGAAAUUGUAAGCAAUAAAUAAGUAAGGCUUAAGCAGCUGCUUAAUACUCGU